AUUCAUUUUGUGUUGACGUAUUUCGAUUCCCGGAUUAUGACGUCACAUGAAGAAGAACUAUCGAGUGAACACUAGAAAGGUGACAGGGUUGCUCAAGCUACUAUUUAUAUUAUUUUUUUGAUUAAAUUAGCAACUUUUUUGUGUAAAAAUACAUUUAUAUUACUUUAAAAAAUUGUGGACUAUUUAUAUUUCUAUUCAAAUUGUUGGACAAACACUAAAGUUACGGAAUAAUGUCUACUCCUGCUCGGAGACGACUUAUGCGAGAUUUUAAAAGACUUCAAGAAGAUCCACCUGCAGGUGUCAGUGGAGCUCCUACUGAUAAUAAUAUUAUGAUAUGGAAUGCUGUUAUAUUUGGCCCUCAUGAUACCCCAUUUGAAGAUGGAACUUUUAAAUUGACGUUAGAGUUUACGGAAGAAUAUCCUAAUAAACCACCAACAGUUAGAUUCGUGUCGAAGAUGUUUCACCCUAAUGUGUAUGCCGAUGGUAGUAUCUGUUUGGAUAUUCUUCAAAAUCGAUGGAGUCCAACUUAUGAUGUAUCUGCUAUAUUAACCUCUAUACAGUCUUUACUUGAUGAGCCAAAUCCAAAUAGUCCUGCAAAUAGUCUAGCUGCUCAGCUUUAUCAAGAAAAUCGUAGGGAAUAUGAGAAGAGGGUCGCCACCAUUGUGGAACAAAGCUGGUUAAAUUUUAGUGAAGGUGAAGAAAAGGAACCCAAAAAAGAUUCUUAGAAAUAACCCAUUUUUUAGCUCUCUCUCCAACCAACCGAGCAAGAUGUCCUGUGGUUCCGCACUUAGUGCUCUUUUGUAUGGGUGUGGCCUUGUGUGCUUUGCAAUGAACUGGUCCGAAACCAUAAACUGUAAUCGACAUUUUAUGCCGUAUGUGACCGCGUUGCAGGUGUCUGCAAGGUCGUGAUUGUGUUUAUUGUAUAUGUAUUUCGUUUGCAAUGUGGAAAAAACAAAAACCAGCUUAUUUUUUUAUAUAUAUAUAUUAAGGUAUGUUGCAGUACCCUUUUAUCCUGAAACUUUUAAAUACUCAUCGUUUUGUAUAUUAUGUUGUAUUUUUCAAUAUUAAGCUUGAUAAAUUAAUUUUAUUUAAAAAAAGAAAGUUCUCUAUGCAAAAAACCAUUGUACAUUUUUGUGUGUGUAAAGAUAAAACUUAUUUGUUCUUUCAUGUGCAUACUUUCUUGGAGAACUGUGUGUAGCGAGUUAUUUUUUUCCCUCAUUGAAUUUUUUUUUUCUUUUUCGAGUUUUACUUCUUAGGUGAAUGUGCUUCUGUUCCGACUGACAAAUUAGUCUAGUGUACAUUUAUAUUCAUAGAAUUAGGUAUCUCAUAAGUUUUGUGGACUAAUAUAACAGGACUGCAAUUUAAUAUCUUGGUGCGCUUAUUUUAGGAACGUAUAUGUGUGAUCAGUUUCCUGCUUAUUUAAAAUUUGAAAGAAUAAAAUGCUUUCUAUAUAUGGAAUGUUAGGUUACAAACAAGCUCAAUCCAUUUCGUUUUGCUUGAAAAUACUUUUUCUAGCUGUCUAAAAAGUUUAUCUCUUUCAAAUUUUUAAUUUUAGAUUAUUUAUCCACGAAAAAUGUUUUUGUUCAGCUAUUCAUUUAUCCGUGCGUUAUGUUUAAAAAAAGGGAAGUGUUCCCCCUAUUUUUUUUAGUGAACAGAGCUUUAUUUCUGAAAAAUAUAGCGAUAAAACCAAUUUUAUUUAAUAUUCCAGUUUUUUCAACCUAUAUCCUAAAUUUGGCAGAUACCAUUUAGGUUUUCUAUUAAAACUAAUGAACCACAACCUUUUUUCUUUAUAUUCAAAAAUGUCUGAUGAGAAAUUUUAAUUGUUGAUCAUAGUUUAAAGUCAACCUCCAUAAAAAAUACUUUAAAAAAAUUCCUCUCCUUUAAAAUACCUGAAAAUGAAUUGAGCUGGUUUGGAAACUCAAAACCUCAUAAUUUUGUUCUUACAUAGGAUUUCAUAAUUCUCGGCACCAAAAUUGAAUUUAGAUUUGAAUUCUAGACAUUGAUUUGCAUUAAAAAAAGUAUCCAUCUUAUGCAACAUUGAAAGCUGUGUUAAUUGUACAAUGAUUAUAAAGUAUAUGUAGAUUAUAUCUCCCUUUUUCAAAGAACUGAAUGUAUAGAAUAACUAUUUCAGUAUUAAUCUAUUUAAUGUAACAUUUUUAUUCCACACUUUAUUUUCACCAAGGUCAACAGCUGAUGCAGGAAGGCUAAUAGUUCCAAUAAUGUGAUUUGCAAUGGACUAAGUCAUUAAAUUGUAUUUAAAAAUUGAAAUUUAUCAGAAUUUAUUUCAAUUAUUCUCCUAAUACUGUGAUUGUAUUAUAUUAUCUCACAUUAAUGUCUAUCAAAUUUAAUGCAGUAAUUUUAAAAAUUGAGAGAUUUUUGAUUGUAUAAUAUGUCCGUUUCAUAAUUUCCAAAUGUCAUAACUGCAUAAAUAAAGCACUUUGUAAAUCAA